UGGGUCUGCAUUAGAUACUGUAAAGAACGUUCUCUGUGUUCUACUUGCAUUAUUGAUGGUUAUUUGGAAUUUGCAGGUCCAAAAACUUAUAGUUUUAGUUCAACAACAGAUUCCAGUGCUGCUGCUGCAAAUCUAGAUAAAUCUGUUCUUAAGGUAAUGAUUAAUAGUAAUUUGGAGAAAAGGAUUAUUGGUGUAAUCAAUGAGCAUAAAAAACAAAAUGAUGACAAAGGAAUGAUUUCCAGAAGACUUACUGCUAAGAAACUACAGGAUGUAUAUAUGGCUUUACAAAGAUUCUCCUUUAAGACUGAGCACAUUGAGGAAGCAAUGAAAAACACAAUUUUAUACGGUGGUGAUCUUCACUCUGCACUUGACUGGCUUUGUUUAAACCUUCCAGAUGAUGCAUUGCCUGAAGGUUUUAGCCAGCAGUUUGAAGAACAACAACAGAAACCUAGAGUAAAAUUUUCUUCUCCUGUGCCGCAACGCCAACCUCCACCUUGCUUAGUAGAUAACAAAAAGAAAGAAAAUGGCCCUGAAACUAAGGAAAGAAAUGUGGGGAAAGAGAAAGAAGUGAGUAUGAAGGAAUGGAUUUUGCGAUACGCUGAGCAACAGAUUGAUGAAGAGAAGAACGAGUCUGUGAAAGAGACAAAUGAAGAAAAAUUUGACCCAAAUGAAAGGUAUUUACAUCUGGCUACAAAGCUUUCAGAAGCAAAAGAACAAGCAAGCCUCUCCAAGCAAGACAAAGACAAGCAAGGCCAGAAGGUAGCACAAGAGAAAAUAAGAAGAAUUCAGCAAGAAAUGGCAACACUUGAGGAACAUCCUGUAUUUAAUCCGGCUAUAAAGAUCUCAAAUCAACAACAAAAUGAAAGGAAAAAAACUCCCUUACCUCAGGAAACCACUUUGAAUCUGAGCUUGCUAGAAAAACCUGAAGGUGCUGCAAAAGAAGAGAAAGUGAAAAAGAAAGAACCACUAGAUAUAAGAAACUUUGAUUAUAGUGCUCGAAGCUGGACUGGCAAAUCGCCAAAACAAUUCUUGAUUGACUGGUGCAGGAGAAAUUUUCCCAAGAGUCCAAAUCCUGCUUUUGAAAAAGUUCCCGUUGGAAGAUAUUGGAAAUGUAGGGUCAGGGUUACCAAAUCAUCUGAUGAUAUAAUGGCGGUGUGUCCUACAAUUGUAACAGAAGAUAGUAUGCAAGCACAGCAUCUGGCUGCUACUUUGGCACUCUAUCACUUAGCCAAGGGACAGUCAGUCCAUCAGUUGCUGCCUCCUACUUAUCGAGAUGUCUGGCUAGAAUGGAGUGACAUUGAAAAGAAAAAGGAAGAAGAAAACAAGAUAGAAACCAACAAACCUCGUGACAACUUUAUUGCUAAACUGUUAAAUAAACUCAAGCAGCAGCAGCAGCUGCAGUCUGAAAACGAACCCAAAGUAUCCGAGGAUCCUGAAGAUUCUUGGGAAAACUUAGUUUCUGAUGAGGACUUCAGCAAUCUCUCCCUUGAGACCCCAGACACAGAUGAUUUGGAACCUUCAAGAAUUUUGUUCAAAAAGCUGCAAAGUUCCUUCAGAUAUCAGAGGCUUCUGAAAGAGAGACAGGAGUUACCUGUGUUUAAGCAUAGACAUUUGAUUGUAGAAACCCUUAAAAAACAUCGAGUAGUUGUUGUGGCUGGUGAAACAGGCAGUGGGAAAAGUACCCAGGUGCCUCAUUUCUUGUUAGAAGACUUGUUACUAGACGAGAGAUCGAGUAAAUGUAAUAUUGUUUGUACGCAACCCCGGAGAAUCUCAGCAGUGAGCCUGGCAACGCGGGUUUGUGAAGAACUAGGCUGUGAAUCUGGACCUGGAGGAAAAAAUUCCUUGUGUGGUUAUCAAAUUCGUAUGGAAUCAAGAACAGGAGAAGCCACUAGACUGCUAUACUGUACAACUGGUGUUCUGCUUCGGAAACUUCAAGAAGAUGGUCUUCUUUCAAGUAUAUCUCAUGUUAUCGUAGAUGAGGUACAUGAAAGAAGUGUCCAGUCUGAUUUCUUGCUAAUUAUUCUGAGGGAGAUCUUGCAUAGACGUUCAGACCUGCAUCUGAUUUUAAUGAGCGCUACUGUAGACAGCGAUAAGUUUUCCAGCUAUUUCUCUCACUGUCCCAUUUUAAGGAUCUCGGGGAGGAGUUACCCUGUUGAGAUUUUCCAUGUUGAAGAUGUAAUUGAAGCAACUGGAUACGUUCUGGAGAGAGACUCAGAAUAUUGUCAGAAGUUCUUGGAGGAGGAGGAAGAAAUAGCAAUAAAUGUUACUAGCAAAGGAGGAGGCACUACAAAAUAUCAGGAGUAUGUCCCAAUCCAGUCUGGAUCUGGUAUUGAUUUGGCUCCUUACUAUGACAAGUAUAGCAGUCGAACACAGCAAGCAAUCUUCUAUAUGAACCCUUACAAGAUCAACCUUGAACUUAUUUUGGAGUUGCUUGCAUACUUAGAUAGAAGUCCCCAGUUCAAAAAUGUUGAAGGUGCUGUGCUGAUAUUUUUACCAGGCCUUGCUCAUAUCCAACAGCUGUAUGAUCUCAUUUCAACUGACAGAAGAUUUAACUUGCAUGACCGGCACAGGCUGAUAGCUUUGCAUUCUGUUCUUUCAACUCAAGAUCAAGCAGCAGCAUUUACAAUACCUCCUAUUGGCAUUAGAAAGAUUGUUUUGGCAACCAAUAUAGCGGAGACAGGCAUUACAAUACCGGAUGUGGUCUUUGUAAUUGAUACUGGGAGAACAAAAGAAAACAGGUAUCAUGAAAGCAGUCAAAUGAGCUCCCUGGAGGAGACCUUUGUUAGUAAAGCUAGUGCUUUGCAGCGACAAGGAAGAGCUGGGCGUGUUAGGGACGGAUUCUGCUUCCGAAUGUACACGAGAGACAGGUUUGAAAGCUUCAUGGAAUAUUCUGUUCCAGAAAUACUACGUGUGCCUUUGGAAGAACUAUGCCUUCAUAUUAUGAAAUGCAACCUUGGCUCUCCUGAAGAUUUCCUUUCCAGAGCAUUAGACCCACCACAGCUGCAAGUAAUCAGUAACGCAAUGAACUUGUUAAGGAAGAUUGGGGCUUGUCAAUUAAAUGAGCCCAAACUGACUCCACUGGGCCAGCACCUUGCAGCCAUUCCUGUCAAUGUUAAAAUUGGCAAAAUGCUUAUAUUUGGUGCUAUCUUUGGCUGCUUGGAUCCUGUGGCAACUUUGGCUGCUGUAAUGACAGAAAAAUCACCGUUUACUACACCAAUUGGUCGAAAAGAUGAAGCAGAUCUUGCAAAAUCAUCUCUAGCAGUGGCGAUUUCAGACCAUAUAACAAUCUACAAUGCCUAUCUUGGGUGGAAAAAGGCUCGACAAGAAGGAGGAUAUCGUGCUGAAAUGACUUAUUGCAGAAGAAAUUUCCUUAACAGGACGUCGCUAUUGACUCUGGAGGAUGUGAAGCAAGAACUCAUAAGGGUGGUCAGAGCAGCAGGCUUCACAGCGCCUACCACUCAACGUGGAUGGGAUGGAAAUGGAGCUAUGCAACCCCCUUCUCUUGAGGAAAUAGCUCUUCUUAAAGCUGUGUUGACUGCAGGGCUGUAUGACAACGUAGGAAAAAUAAUAUACACAAAGUCUGUGGAUAUCACAGAGAAGCUGGCGUGCAUGGUGGAAACUGCUCAGGGUAAAGCACAGGUGCAUCCCUCCUCUGUAAAUCGAGACUUACAGAUAUAUGGAUGGCUUCUUUACCAAGAGAAGGUGAGGUACGCUAAGGUGUACUUGAGAGAGACUACUUUAAUUUCCCCCUUUCCCAUUUUGCUUUUUGGUGGGGAUAUAGAAGUCCAGCAUCGAGAGCGUCUCCUGUCUGUAGAUGGUUGGAUUCAUUUUCAGGCUCCUGUGAAGAUUGCAGUAAUUUUCAAACAACUGAGAGUUCUCAUUGAGUCUGUUCUAAAGAAGAAGCUUGAAAAUCCUAAAAUGUCUCUCGAAGAUGACAAGGUUUUACACAUCAUCAAAGAACUGAUAAAAACGGAGAAUGGUAACUGAAACUGAGAGUCAGUAACAAACUAGAGCUUCAGUAAUGGCAGAGGAAGCAUGCACUCCAACUUUAACUGAAAGCAUUUAAACACUUAAUGUGGUUCAUACCAUCCAUGACUUGGGAAGACUGCGUGGUUUUGCAUAGAACUUACCUUUCUGGGUAACUUUUAAGUUGAACAUUGAACGUGUUUAGCCAUUACAAUACACUUGGUGCCAUUUGUUUGUUUUGUCUGCAUCAUUAGUAUGUUCAAUUUGUCUUUUCAAUAUGAAAAUGACCAUGUCCCAUUCCAGUUUUCUUUAUUUCCACUUAAUGUGCUAAUUAUGUCAUUACUGGUGAUGCAGACUGCACUAAUAAUUCAGGAUUGGAUUCCAAAUCUCUAUGGGGUGAUGUUUCAUUGGGCAUCUGCAAACAGAAGGAACUUUUUUUUUUAACCUGAAUUUCUUAAGCGCUAAUUCUUUUGAGCUAUGAAUUUGCAUUAUUAAAGCAAUACAUCUUACAUAUGUCUGUAUUCUUCUGUACAGUUAAGGGUGUCAUGGGAGCUGCCCGUAUCAGUGAACUCCAGGCACUAACCGUUCUUCCUUCCAGGUGCCAGGUGCACUCUCUUAAAACCCAGGAGGUAUCUCUAUCCCAGUGGGAUGGAUGCAGCUGCUGUUGUCGCCAUUUACAGAUUCAGCCAGUAGUAAGGCUGAAUAUGUAUUCCAGGCAGACAGUUGGAGACGCACACAGAGGACACCAGCAACUACCACUGCUUUAGCAUCACCCAUGUAUAACACUACCCGAACUCUCAAAAGACACAAGUGCAGAUAGCCAAGUCUUGUUCCUUCUCUCUGGCUGACCGUGAUUGAAGUUGACUAACCAAAAACACCAAAAUCACUCCCCUGAUUCACAAGUUUAUCGUCAGUAUGACUCUAAUAUCCAUGCCUGGACCCUGGGCCUCCUUGUCUGGGCUGCAGUUCUCUUCCUACUUGCCAGCUAGUCUAGUUUGAUGUUCACUAGCAAAACUCACAUACUUGUCCCACCUGCGAUCACAGAUGCCUUAAAUAUUUAAGUUUGUCUCAUGUCCAGGCCUGGACCCUGGGCCACUUACCCAGCUACUGGCUUGGAUCUUGAGUCUUUCUAGCUGUGUGUCCACUUCUUAUGGGAUGAUCCAGCCUGCAGUUUGCUAGCAAUUUAACGUGUCUGUGCAUGCGGGGUUAAAUUCACUGGUGAAAUAAAGGCACACCCCCCUCUUUCUAGCUGUGGCCUGUGGACCUCUUGCACAAGCACAUACAUCCCUGCUUCUCCUGUUGCUGCCACAUAGACCUAUGGGACCCUGUGACCUGCAGCCCCUUCUCCAGCUGCUGGUACUUAGACCUUGCAGCAUGCACCUGCUCUCCCCAGUUGCUGGCACCUAGGCCUAUGGACCCAAUGGUCCCUUCGCCAGUUGCUGGCAUCCAGACCUCUCUUUCACCCUGGUUCUUCCAGUUUCCAGCACCUAGACCCCUGAGGCCUGUGACCUGCAGCCUGUUCUCCAGUCACUGGCACCUGGACAUUGCAGCACUUGUGCAUAGGCUAGAGAGUGAGAUUACACAGCAGUUAAGGUUUUAAGAAGAGAGGAUAGACUGCUGUGAUCAGGUGCAGGGCUCAGACAAGCGUACUGGCCAGGAGACUGCUUACAGGCAACUGGCUCCUUUUAUCCCCCCUCCCUUCUGUUUUCCCAUGCCUGAUCUUCCAGAUCCACCCUGCUCCUUCCCUUUCCCCACCUUUGGCCCUUCCACUAAAUAUUGCAUAAAAGUCUUGCAGUCCUAUAAACCUUUCUGAUAUCCUAGAAGAAGUUUUGCGCUGUCCCACAAGCCCUCCCAAAUACUCUAUAACACGCAUGAUGAUUGUAUUUCCCCCUUAUCAAUUAUGAAGUUCAGGCUGACCCUCUUCGAGGCUACGCCUGAGCAGUUCCUUUAAUGGCCCAUCAGUUCUUGGCUGAAGAGUUCUGGUCUUUGUUGUUGUCUCCCUUAUCGCUUCUUAAUGUUUGUGUGUCUGUAUGUUGAAUUCACCACUUGUUAUUUCUUUUAUACUGAAUAGUCCUAAUCAGAUACUGUAAUGAACCAGAGGCUCUCACAUUCCACAAACUUUACAGUUUACAACAAGGAAAUGAAAAUUAUAGAUCAUCAACUCAAUUUUCAGAAUGGGAAAUAUAUAUAUACUUUUGUGCCAUGAACCAAUCACAGACAAACAUAUGAACUCAGUGUGCGCUAUGCAAAAGAUUCGUUCAUCUAAACAACACUGGUUUCAUGUAGCAGAGGUUAAUAGUGUGCUCUGGCAAAAACGGCAGUUGAGGAAAAUGCACGAUCUUGAAAGAGACCCGGCAGCAUACACUGAGCUAUCCAGCAGACUGCCAUAGCACAAGUGGUACUGCUGUGCUGAAAGGAAAACGUAAGACGAAAGUAAAACGACUUCUAGACGUUAUCACAAUCACUUCCAGGAGAGGCAAGCUUACCUGCUAGUAAUUUAUUAAGAACUCUGUGGAAAAAGUAAUCACAUUUCCUCUGUUAUUCUUGCAUGAAUUGUGAUGAACCAGUGGCUGUUCAGACUUCCUAGAAACAUCAGGAAGUGUAUUUUUUAAUUACUAAGUAUACCAACAUUUAUAAAAGCAAAAACUUAAGCAGUUAAGGGUCUUUUGACCCUAAAAUGCCAAUUUUGCACUCUUUCUAGACACGUUCUUUCUUAUCAGAGGCAUUAGAUAUAAAAAGUAACUACAAAUUGAAUUACCUGUAAAUAAAAGAUUAAAUCUGCAACCCACUGAAAUUUCAGGUGAAUGUUUUCCUAAUUUUGUGAAUGUUCUGGGGGAAGCUUUUGAUUUGUAUCUUUCUGAAAUGCAGUUUGGAAAUAUAUUUCAGUGUACUUGAGUUCUCCCUUAUUUAACUGUGAUGAACAUAUACUUUUUAUUCCAUGUAUAUGAUAAUGUUGAAAUUCAAAGUUCUGUAGCGCUGGGAAGAGGCAUUGUUUACGUGUUUCUGUAGCAUACCCCGCUUAGUGAUCUUUUGAACAAGUAUUUUUUUUGAGUUAUUUUUAAAGGGUUUUCUUGUAAAAAGUAGGAAAUCACUUACUCUCCUGAUUUCCGCAGAAGUCCUGGAAUGGGUCAAACUGUGGUAUACACAGAAGAAGAGUUGCUUAAAAAUGUUAAAGAUACGCUGCAAAGACUCCAUUUGCUUUCUGCUCCCAUGAUGAUGCCAGCAGCGCUUGGACCUGUGCUCUUUCGGGGUGCAUGAACGUUCAGUUUUGUUCCAUUUAUUGAAUGUAUUCUUCCGUAACACCUUCUUGCUGCUUUUCUCAAAGCACUUGUCAGAUACGAGAUCGAAAUCAAGGGACCUUUCUCAACAGAGUCACAAUAGUGGCUUUGGGGUGCAUUUUUUUUUGAAGGUAGCUUGCCGCAUCCAUCGCUGUACAUCCACUUGUUUCCUGCUCCGACACUCGAGCUGCAGCAUUCCCGUCUCCUCCCCUCUCCUCCUGUUUUGGUUCAGUCGCUGCUUGAACUUGUCUCUUCCCUUUUCCAUUGAUUUCUCCCCCUCAUUCGACCCAGAUCUUUCAUUUCCUUCUACAAGUCUUUUCCAGUGUUUAGCUCAGCAGAUCAUAUAUAUCUGGUA